AAUUUAAAUAAUUGUUAAUAAGAGAUCCCGAAAAUCCCUUCUCUCUGUGUCUCUGAAAGCAAAGGAGAAUCCUAAGAUGGGAAAAGCAUAAUUUCAGCAACAAACAGAUCUUCCAUGAAAGAUACCUUCGUAAAGAUUGAGUUUUCUGUCCGUACACUUCAAAAGUACAAAAACCCCACAAAAGCAUUGUUUUAGUUCACCCUGCUCUCUCUCUAUAUCUCUCCUUGUUUCCGGAGAGGGAGGAAGUGCAAGAGACAGAGACAAAACACAAAGCUGAGAGAUGUUGGAAAUUAGAGAAGGGUCUUGUUGCUUUCCUAGAAAGGUGGUCGGUGUGAAUGUCGGACUUGCUCUUGUUGAUGGCAUUAUUGCGAUUCUUGCAUUUUCUCAGCUAAUGAGGAUUCACUCAAGGAACUCAAGACUUGGCUGGACUCGACAAAAAGUGUUUCAUCUAUUGAUUGGCUCAUCAAAUACUGGUUACUUCAUCUUUUUCCUUAUCACUACUAUUGCUAUUUGUGAGAGGUGGCUAUGCUGGUCAUAUUCUUGUGGCUUUAUCUUCAUGGCCUUACCAAAAAUUCUGUCUUUUGCGGCAUUUCUUCUACUUUUAUCAUUCUGGGCUGACCUUCGCCACCAAGCUGAUGAUGAAGAUUAUGAAGAGGAAGACUUUAGUUUUCAUGAAUCUUUGUUGGAAAUGGCAUUGGAUGACCCAAGUUCAGCACAUACAGAUAGUCUAAGAGUAUGUUUACCUUUCCGGUCACUCCAAGUUGGAAGCCGUCAAAAAAUUGUGAUAUGGGUUACUGUCCUAGUAUUUGGUUUGAUGGUGGCAUUUGCUGUUCUAAUGUGGAUAGGAAUGGGAAGUACUUUUAUUGAUUUAUCAUCAUUGGCCACGGUGUAUGUAGAUGUUUUUGCUAUAGCAUUUCUAGUAUUGGGAGGAGCGUUAGCAUGUUAUGGAUUGUUGAUAUGUUCAAAAAUGAAAAGAGUUAGAUCUGAGAGAGCUGCAUCAGAAAUGUGGAAGGUUGCGGGUUUGGCUGUUGUCUCUGUUCUAUGUUUCACUUCAAGUUCUUUAGUUGCUCUUUUUACUCAGAUUCCAGUCCUCUAUUACUGCCAGAAGCUUGAUAACAAUGGUCUCUACACUUGUCUUUUACUGAUUUUAUAUUAUUUUAUAGGUUCUUCAGUACCUUCAGCUUUUAUACUAUGGAUCAUGAGAGAAUUACCAGCUGCCCCAGUGCCUAAUGUACAUGAGGAAUCAAGUACAAUUGCUUACAUCGCUGAUAGUUCAGUAGAACGUAAUACUCAGAGUUGGACUACUGCAGCAAGCUUGCAGAAUCAGAUGACUUGAUACGACACAGAUAAAGGAUUGUGACUUCAGCUUUCUAAGUGCAGAUAUCAAGAGGCAGCCCUAUAUAAUUGCAUUACCGUGAUUCGGCUAUUCUGUAUUUUCACGGCUAAACUUGAAGGAUGCUGUAAUUGCUCAACGAUUAUAACAAAGAAGACUUACUGAUGAGAGAAUCCUAAAGAAGCUGGCUAAUUGCAUCAAUGACACCACACGGGGUACAGCUGUAAGGUUGUCUUCACAAAAUUGGAGAUUUAGAGUAUGUAUAUAACGAUGACAAAUGCUAAAGAGGGGGAAUUCACCCAUCAUUUUCCAUUCACACACUCCAUUGAUACCUUGUUUAACAUGAAUACUUCUACCUGAUUUUGAAUCAUCUGCUGAUAGGAAGUUCUUUUUGUGACUUGCUCAUUUCUCUGAGCUACAUUUUUGUGAAAGUAUUUUGAGUAAUAGUUAAGCAACAAUAUGUUGUUUGUCA